GUUGCCUGCCUCGUCCGUGCUUUGGCCCCAACGUGCUGCUUUGCUGCGGGGUUCGAGUCUCGUCGUGGCUCUCCUGCAAGUCUCCGAUUCUCCACCCUCUGCUCCUGUCCCUGCGACCCUUGCUUCCCUGCCAUGCCAUGUCAAACAGGACGAAACUGACCUGCCGGCUGUUCGCUGGACCCGAUCGUGUUUAAAUCCAAAUCCGUAGGUCUCCUCGCGACUCCUCUCUCCAGAGUAUAGCUCCGCUGUGUGUCGUGUGGGCGCAUUGGUAAGUUGUUGGUAGUGGUGGUUGAGUGUGGUGUAACGUGAGGAGAGGACAGUCAAAUAACCAAUAUAACGAGUAAAAUAACGAGCGAGGAGGCGGCGAGACCCGCUCCACACUCCACAGCGGGAAUCUCGCUGAACGAAGGGGCUGUUCGCAGCCCCAGCCCACUGCUGACCGUAUGGUGUAGAGCUCGUAAGGCGAUCGGGUGAUCCUCGUCACCUCCUUGUGUGAUCAUGAUUCCAGUGGUUCUGUCACGUCAAAAGAUCGUAACCCGACUAAGUAUGAUAAUUUGUAAUGAAGAAUUGUAAUCACUGGGAGCUGAUCGAACGCCUCUGCGAUAUCACCUUUACCCGAAGAAGAAGCAGGUAGCCACAUAAAUGGGGAAGAUCCGGAAGAAACCUGACCUAGUCCAUUGUAGUCGAUCUCAAAAUGUACUCAGAAAUCUUAUGUUGCGAGAGCUUGGCCUUCGUACAAACCAUAAAACCAGUACUAAGGAGUUGGAGCCGAAUGCUGAAACCAAUCUUGUAUUGAAAGACCAUAAAGAGCUGAAAUGUGAUGUUCCUGGUGUACCAAGAGCUACUUUCUUGAUGGUUUUUAGUCCUGAUGGGUCCAAAGUUGCGUCUACCCAUGGAAAUCACAAUGUUUAUAUAACAGAUUUAACGUCAGGAAAAAAUAUCAGAACGUUGGCCGGCCAUCCUAGAACGCCAUGGUGCAUUGCUUUUCAUCCUUCUUCAAACGAAAUUCUGGCAUCAGGUUGUUUAGGUGGACAAGUCAGAGUCUGGGAUCUCAGUGGAGGGAGUGAAGUUUGGAAUGCCGAUAGUGAAACCGUUAUUGCAUCCCUCGCUUUUCACCCAUCGGAAAGAUUACUUGUUAUCGCAACGUACAAUGAGGUACAUUUCUGGGAUUGGAGUCAAUCCGAACCCUUUGCCGUGGCUACUACAAGAAAUUACAAGGAAAAAGUCAGGUAUGUGGCGUUUGAUAAUUUGGGACGGAAAUUGAUCACUGGCAUUGCUAAUGACCCACAACUACAGUCACAAUGGGAUCGCACACCGGCAGAUAUAGUUCCACCUUCAAGAACUAAUCUUUUUAGAUUAUCAAGAGAAAGAUCCCAAGAUCUAGAAAGUUCCCCGAGAUAUCACCUUUGGAAUCAAGGAUUGUUUUACGGUGGAAGAUGGAGAGAUAACUUCAAUGAUCGAAAUUCACGUAGUAACGAUUUUAGGAUGCAAUAUCGAAGAAACCCUCCACCCGAUGAUGUUCCAAAUGUAACUAGAACCAAUAACAAUAAUAACAACAUCGGACCCACUAGAAACAGCGACAGAUACUUUGACGAGUACGUUAGAAUGCGAAGAGAGCUAGAGGCGCACAGAUGUCGUUCUGACGGAGAGCAGAUCCACAGAUUACUACUCCACGUUAAAGAAAGAGAUUUUCGAGUUCGCAGAAACCUCACGGACGAUGCACUAACUUUACUCCGCAGGCAAUACUUUCUGCACAGGAUUUGUGAGAGAUUAGCUCCUCUAUCCCAGUCCAGGAGUUCAAAUAACGAUAGUGGUGCUGGACCUUCGCAACCUCGGGAUCGCCAAUCGCCAACUCCACAGCUGGGCAAUGUAAUGAUUGAAGUUCGUAGAAAUAACUAUCUCAAUUCCGAUCCGGACACGCAACGAAAUAGCUCGAACGUUUUGCUUGGAAAUACUGACAGGAAUGUGAGGCCAGAUAGCGAAGAAAAUAAUCAACGCAUCGAAGAAAGAUCAAGUGAAGACAGCAACAAUGAGGAAUUGUUAUCUGGUUUGACGCGAGAUAAUACAUACCCAAACUUUGUAAGCGUAGAACAACGUCACAACAAUUUAAUUCGUAGAUCUGAAAGUCUGGAUCAACGCAUAGAUAAUCUUUGGGAAGAAAUCAACGAGAGACUCGAAGGUGCCAAUGCUCGGCGUACCGAACGUCGAAUAAAUUUGUGCUACAGAGAUCUCGUUGAUCAAUAUGAAACGCUUGUUCGGAGGUAUUUCGACAUCUCCAGAAAUCAUGAUACCAUCGAUCGUGGUACAGACCCAAUGGAUGCUCCAGAGACAUCUCGGCCGCGUUCAGCUGAAGAUAUUCCAGACUCGGAAAGGAGCGAGCCAGCAACAGAAUCUUCGAUUAGGAGAUUGAGGAAUGCUUUGAACUCUAGCGCCCAGGCGAAUAACGAUAGCUUAGAGAGGUUACAGAGAUACAGACGUCUGCUUAUUCAACGUUCUCACGGACAAAGAACUGAAGAGAACAGUGUAGAAGAAUCGCUCCGCAAUUUGCGAGGUGCCUUGAACGCUACAGCUGAAAGUAACAACUCUUGUGUAGCUAGGCUCCAGCAAUUACGUGAGCGAUUACAAGGACAUACAGCGAAGCUUUUCCCAAACUCUGCCACCCGAAAUUCCAGAUUGGAAAGAUUGAGGUAUGUUCUCAAUCUUGAAAUUGAAGCUCUGAACAUCAUGGAGGUUCAGUUGACCACCACGAGUUCUAGAAUCGAACAGCUGAGAAAUGAAUUGCCCUUACUCAGGCGACAUCAGAGAAAUCGUCAAAAUGCUUCUGAUCCAGGUGACAUAAUUACAAGUGAAUCGCAAUUAUACCCUCUGCGGAGACUAGAUUCCUCUGUUUCCUCUUAUAACAUUGAUAUUUCAGCAAACAAUGAACCUCAGUCCUCAACUUCGCAACAGGAUAACGAGAUAUUUGCCGAAGAUUUGCUGCCCGAGGAUGGCAACUAUUCUGCACAGAAUGAGGACCUACCUUCAAAUUUUCAAAGUAGUCAGGAGAGAGUCGAAACUGGAGCAGACAUAAAUUUAUCUGUUGGAAAUCAAAUCAGGCCAAAUGUAUCUGCAGAAAGUAGCAGAUCCAGGGUAUUUAGACCCAAUAGACGUAGACUGUUCACUGAUUCUACAGCGGACGAAGGGGAACCACCUAGACUGCGGCAACGCCGCGAAGAACGCAGUGCAUUGUAUCCCAGGUAUAAUGCCAACACUCGAACCUGGAUGGAAAUACAUGGGGAUAGUUCUCAAUCGAGCGACGAAGGAUUUUCUGGAACAAAUACCCCAGCUACGUCUAACUUCACCGUCUCAUCUAGGUCAGCAUUUCAGCCAAGUGUACCUAGACUCCUGACGCAGGAUCAACGUUCUUCUAAUCCAAGUGGGCAAGAUGGAAGAAAUAUGAACAGAAACGAAGAAUUGGCCGAUGUGAACAGAAACGAACAGUCUAACGACUCUAUUAAUGAGUUGAAUGAGUUCGAUGUCAGAAAUAACAGAUCGCUGAGAAUUAGCAGAAGUACGCAAGAGAUUGGGCAGGACUUGAGAAGAUUUUUAGAUUCCUUUCAGAGAAAUUUAAACACAGAUCAACCAGAGGCCGAAAGGGCUGUUCAGGAAGAAAAUUUAGUGGAUGAAAAUCAACGAGAACAAUCUGAAAAUGGGUACUGGCUAUUAGAAGAAAACAGCAACUCUGAUUCGAACCAUGAGGAACCUGCUGCUAAUUCAAAUGCUAAUUCUAAUACAAACACAAAUUCGAGGCGAUGGACCAGCCGCUGGAUAAGCCUGGAACGUAGUUCGCUCGAUCCCGGCAGAGCUUCCGAUUCUACAAACGAGCGUCUUCAAACUUCUGGUACCCGAACUCGUACCCUUAGUGAAAAUUUAGAGCAGAGAAUCCAUGUUUUUAAUCCUCUCGACGAACUUAGGAGUGGAAUAAGCAGAAACAAUCGGGAUCAGUUGUCCCCAGUUUCAAUAAAUCCGACUCGCUACGAGCAACCACCCCUUUUUCCUUUUCGAAGUCUGAGAGAAAAUCUCUCGAGAAGAUCGGAGUUAAGCCAAGGUAGUACUGCAGAUGUGAAUCAACAAUUAGGCACAGAUUCUAACAUGCUGGAAGAACCAACUAUAGUCGUUCCGGAAAUUCCAGAACGAACCGUCGAAGUUUCUUCAGUGGAAAAUGAUGUUUCGCCGGAAGAAGUCCAGACAAAUCAUGUUCGGAAUGUUGUCGAUAUCAGCGAACAAGAGACAGAAAGUAAUCUGCAGAGGAUACUUGAUUUCGAGAGUGAAAUAUUUGACCCACUUACUGCCGCUACCAAUAAUCUCCCAGGCACAGAUGCGCAUGCAGCGGACGGUAAUCGCGAAGAGGAGGGGUGGAGAGGUUGGAGGGUCUGCCCUCGAAGACAAAGUCAAGGUCAAACCGAUGCUCUAGGAGUUCGUCAGGGGAUACAGUUGCUGAGUCGUCAUAUAGAUAACAUGCAGCGACUGUGUAGAGCUAGACUGGAAAUUGUUCAACUUCAACAGGUGCGCCGAAUGUGGGAAGACCUGCAGCGGCAAAUACGUUCCCUCCAUCUAACGGUCAGAGUAGAAAUGCAAAAUAAUGAAGCUCAGGUACAGGCAGGAGCUAGCGGUAGUAGAACGGUCACUCCUUCGACUUCCGCACAGAGUCCCACACCUGCUAGUGACUUACAGAGUGAAACGGCAAAAAAUUUCAAGAAAGCAAUUCUAGAGAACUAUCAGAGAGAGAAAAGUGAGACUGAUAAAGAUUCUGGCAGCGUAGCCGGUGCUACACUUGACCAAAGUCAACCCUCAACCUCUAGGGGCAUAUCCCACUCCUCGAGGACCAACGACGAAGAGAAAUCAUGUAACUGUGACGAGGCCACGUGUAUUAGCUUGUCUCAUUUACUACCCAGCGAGUCUGAGCUCAGACUCUUGAACUUACAUCCUAAUAGCUUAUCUGAUAUACUAGGAAACUUGUACUCCCCAAACUCCCAAGUACCGAACGAGUCGAUGAAUCUUGACUCACAGUCUUCAAACUCAACAAACGCAACCAAUGAUCACACUUAUUCUAAUUUAGCUACAGAAGGUGGCUCGACUCAACUCCCCAGCAUCUCAAGUCUCGUUUCUAAUAUAGCAAGCCGCUUGAACUUACCGCCAAUUCCACCUGGAGUUGCAUCGUCCUCAAAUUUGACCGAAGCAUCCAAUUUUGUCGCUCCCCUCCCAAGUAUAUCAGAUCUAGUUUAUGCGAAUGGCAACCCCAGUGUGCCAAGUACUUCAAAUCAAUCGGAGACAUCGAAUUCAGGGACAUCACCCGAGUCUCCGACUAACAAUACGAAUACUCGUGGAAGACAAUACACUUACCAAAGAGUUUGGAGGUACGGUCGGAGAAUGUAUCUAAGAAGACCAAGACUCUCAACAUUGGGACCGCGUAGCAUGAAGCGGGGUUCCAGAGCACAAACAUCUUACAAUCCCUUUCGUGUUCUCGAAAAUGCUCGUAGAACAUGGCCGUUGAGAAUGAAUACUCCUGCUCGAUCCAUGGAUAGAAGUCGGGAGCAGACAACCACUGAAUCCCUGCAAGCAAUGAUUGUGAGACUCGAGUCUCUUGUGCAACAACAACGAGCAUUGGCCAGAAAUAGUAACGCACUUAAUAGAGGUUCGGACAGUGACAGUCAGCCGGAAAAUACAAGAGAUACCAAUAACGACAAUCAGGAAACGGAACAAACGAGAGAAGUUACCAGACUUCGUGCUAGACAAGUGCUUAGUUUGAUGGUCGAGAGGCUCAAGCAAUUCUUUGAAGAAAAUCGUCCGGGGAAUGGAUCUCAUAACAGCGUACCUUACGAGCAGAUUUACAAAAUGUAUGUGCUGCUACACUUGGCAUUGGAGUUGACCGAUCUUUUGCUAGCACAAUUGGUGACGACGAGGCGUGAGUUGGAAUCGAGUCAAUAUGGCCCAUUCAGCUCAGACUUGUCUGCUUCGAAUCAAAUUAGAACCGACGAGACUCGCAAUAGCAACGUAGAUAGUAGUCUACAGACUGAGAAUAAUCGAGACAACACUGCCAGGAGCGGUAGCAGCGGAAGUAGCUCGGAAAGACGGCGGACUUUCAAUUUCCCUCGACGGAAUUCCGACUCAGCAGUUGCGGGGGAUACCGCGGGUCCAUCGCAACCUUCUGCCGAAGAUCUUCUCUCGAAUCACACCAAUAGACAUUAUCGAACUCUGGCAGCGGGGCUGAAAAGGCUGAUCAACAUAUCUUUGCAAGAUGCGAUAUCCACGCGAACCGAUGGUGCCGCUUCCCCGAAUCAGAGUAACAAUCAAAGCACAUCAACUGCCGCUAAUGAUGCAACUAAUAAUCAAAGAAGUAGCUCGCGGACCCAAGCGAACUCGAGUAACGCGGGUAACUUGUCAGCUGAAAACGCGUUGUCCGCAGAAGUACAAAGUAUCGUCGAGAGAAUUCAGAAUACCGGAACAAUCGAUGACGGCGAUAACGAGGAUCAACAUUCGCGCGGAUCUGUGCCGCUAUCUGUCCGUAAUAGUAACAACAACAAUAACAACAAUCCUAGUAGUAACACAAACGAAAGUGAGCCAUCGCGGAAUCAGCGAAACAACCGAAGUGCCGAUAGAACAGAUCGAAAUAGAGAUAGGGAAAGAAGUGGUAGAAGAAUACUUUAUAAUCGUUACCGUAGAUCAGCGAGAGCUCUGCUCAACCUUGGAAGAUCUUCGGCAUCUCAUCCAAGUUUGAACCUCACACCGUCCUUGUGGUUGAGACCUACAAGAAACUCUCCUCUUCGCAGAGAACGGCUUAUAUCCGAGCCAAAUUUUGGAGGUAAUGCUCACAGCAGAGAUGGAGGGAUUAGCAGACAAGAGUUCAAUGUUCCUGUUGUCCAAGUGAACAACAUCCCAGUUCGUGAUUUCGAAGGAUCGCAAACCACCAACACUCGGAGAAGACAAAACACGCCUCCAACUCCUCCGCAAACUCCGCCACCAUAUUUGAUUAAUAGCUAUUUAAGUAGUAGAGAAAGAGGAAAUACUAGUUACCCCAUCGACUUCAGUGAUCAACCAGGACCAAGUUCGGCUCAAACUGGAAGUAGCAGAAACCAGGAUGUAAACGGACGUCAGUCAGGGUGGUAUCGCAGACCUCUGACAGGGACUGUAUCGUCACAGAUUCGUCGAUGGUUCAUAGCGCAAGCAACCUGGAGAGGAUCCCGAUUCCUUCAUCCUCGUUUUCCUUAUGGGUAUCACGCAAGCGGGGCAGGAGGAGGUGGGGGAGGAGGGGGAGGACCAGGAGGAGGUGGCGGACCUAGUGGUGGUGAAGGAAAUGGCAGAGGAGGCGGUGGAGCGGGCGGAAAUGGAGGAGGUAGUGGAGCAGGUGGAAAUGGAGGAGCUGGUCCAGAUCCAGUGAAUGACGACAGCGAUGAUCUUGACUUGAGAGAUCAUGUACCGGUGAGUCCAUUUAUGGCGACUUUCAAUGGUUUGGAGGUGCAAAGCCAUCGAGUUCAAGCUUGGGACUUUUCUGAUGGAGAUAUUCCAGACAUUACGGAUCCUGAAAAAAAUAUAGUGGUUAAAGAAUGCAAGAUCCACAAUGAUGCUAGUGUGGACAUAUCUUCCGAUGGCAAGCUAUUAGCGACUCUUCUCCCAUCAGGCCGGCUUAGUGUAACGACAAUGUUAGGCGUAUACAGUCUUCAAUGGGAAACAUUGGGCGAAAGAAUUUACGCAACCAAAAUUGAUCAGACUGCUGUAUCGGUAUCAAUAUCACCGACUCGACAACAUUUACUUGUCGGGUUAGCAUCUCGGCGUAUUCUGGCUCCUGCUCGUCCUCUACCAAUGGCUCUAAUAUACAAACUUGUUGAUAAAGAACCAGACGAUGACCCAAAAAAUGCGUCAGAGAGCGUAGAGAGAGGAUACUAUCCUAACGACUAUAUUCCAAUGGAUGGUUAUCGCCGGGAUGGAAUGCUUGAGAGCUUGAGCAACUAUUUGAUACGACAGAAUAGCUCAGACUACGUAUUACAAAAUCUUGCUGACUGGAGAGAUGAACGCCCACGGACUGAUCCCAAUAUUAAAGAUAACAGGAAAAGUAUGGUGCUUCUGAGAGAGCUGACGAGAAGCAACAGGGAAACUACGGGCUACGUCAGUUUGAAUUGUAUCAGGUGGGCUCCUGAGCCUGGCCAAGGUAUGGUAUACGCUACUAACACGGGCCAGCUCAACGUCCUACAUUGAUGAUGAUCAUUGAAAUAAAUGUUUUUUCAAAAUAUACUACACAAAAAUAAUAAUUUCAAGUUUACAAUUUUUAAAGAGUCAGAGGAAUUUACAACGCUGUAAGAAUUGAAUAUGUGGGUGGUCAAGAUGACACCCAAAUAUAUAUAUAUAAAAUAUAUGGUAGGACAACCUACACCACCAUAAAAUGUAUAAUUGUUCACUAACUACUUCUCCGCUCUGUAGACUGAACGGCUUGGUACAUUUCUCUUACUUUUAAUACAAUUAUAGUUCGGCCCAAAACCGCAACGCAAUCGUAUGUGAAGCUUUUAAGUUUCUUUCUAUAGGGCUGUGCUGAUUUCACUCUCUAAAAACAUUGAUUUUUCGUUCUGAUAUGCAAGUGUAUAACAAUAUAUUAGUGUGCUAUGCGUUUAUUUAAUAUAUAUAUAUAUAAUACUAUAUAUAUAUAUAUAUAUAUUGAUAUGUGUUUAGUUUGUAAGAUUUCCCAUAUUUGUAUUAUUUAACAUAACAUAACAAACAACACAAAAUUACCAUCAUAUUUUUAAUACCAGGAUAACUUUAAUUUGUUAUCAUGAUCUGAGUGUUGUUUAUUCAUCUCAAGAAAAUUUCCAGAAGGAUACAAGAACGAGGCAUACAUACAUUAUGUGAUAGAACCAAGAUGAUCGUAUGUCCUUGUGAGAUCACUGCACUUUUUUACGUGGGUAUUCUAUUAACAAUUUGUUUCAUCCAACAAACUUGCGAUACUUGAUUAAAAACUGAGAAGCUUCGAGUCAUAUUGUGCCAUUCAAUGAUUUAUUAUUAUUAUUAUUAUUAUUAUUAGUGGUUAUUGAUUAUUAUUAUUAGUGGUUAUUGAUGAUUAUUAUUAUUAGUGGUUAUUGAUUAUUAUGAUUAUCAUUAUUGUUGUGCAAAAAGGAUUGCUGUCUUUGCGUGUUUCCAUGUAUCAUGUAAAUUAAAAAUUGAGAGUAUUUUAUGCAUACUGUAUCGACACAAUAUGAACCUGAUGUGAUACCACAACCUUUGACCAAGUGGAAAUAUAACAGUAUGUAGGAAAAAGGGCGGAAGAAGAAAAUAUCAAUGUAAAGUACAAGGAAUAGUUGGAGCCUAUAUUUCGUCAAUGAAGAAUAUAACCGAUUUAUAGCGUUUUUCAAGUAGAGAACACUCAUAUCAUGCAGCAAUUAUCAUUUGAUUUUAUUUUUUUUUCAAUUUUUUCAGUCAUAAAUUAUACUAUAAUAUAAUGUCGCAUCAUUCUCUUAUGUAUUAACAGCAUGUAAUGCAGUUACAGCAGUGAGAUUAAGAAAGAUGUAAUUGUAAAAAUAAAAAUUAUUUCAUGUCAAUUCAAAAA